GUGGCAAGUUAAAGAUUACUAUAGAUUUUUCAUCUUUACUUCCUAGUUAUCGAGACUAACCAAUCUUAAUUCGUUCUGUUAUUCUGUCUACUGUACACUAAUCAAAGGAUUAUAUUAUGUGCUAAUAAGGUACAGAGACGAAAUGCAUUAAUCAUGAGAAUAGUUCUUCAGCUGAGCUUAUUUCUAUGUCAACAGAUAAUAUUUGACAGAAUUGUUGAAGGCAAUACACUUGAUGUGACUGAGGUAAGACUGGCAGAAGGGAGUGGCCUGUUUGAAGGUCGUGUGGAAAUUAAAGUUGAUGGAGUAUGGGGUACUGUAUGUGAUGAAGAUUUCGACUUCGAUGACGCCAGCGUAAUAUGCAGAACAAUAAACCCGCGAUUAUCAGCAAUACUUACAGAAAGAUAUUAUGGUCCUGGGUAUGGACCGGUAUUUGUUCAGGAAUUCAAGUGUAGCGGUUUUGAGACUCAUAUACGCCAAUGUUCAUACGAGAGCAAUAUAUUUUGUACUCACUCAAAAGAUGUCGGACUAAUUUGUUCAGAAUGUGGCAUUGUGAGUGUACAAAAUGGCCAAGCUAGGUCAAUAUCAACAGAUGGAGCAAUAAUAACAAUAACAUGUGACGAGGGAUAUCAGACUGACUCCAGUACGAGUAUUUGUGUAAACGGGGCGUGGUCACCGUCUUCCAUAACAUGUUCACAAUAUGACUUUCCAUUAGACAUAAUUAGUACGAGGCUUGUAAAUGGUGUCGGACUUGCUGAUGGAAGAGUAGAAAUUCUUGUAAAUGACACCUGGGGAACACUGUGUGGUAAAAAUAUACACAAAGAAGCUGCAGAUGUUAUAUGCCGUAUGCAAGGAUUCAGGUACGUGUGUCAGUAGGGUUAGCAUAUAAACUCAAUCAUUUUCCUUUUGAAAAUGUGAACCCUAACAUAAUUU